AUGACUUGCGAGAUGUGUGGUGGGCCUCUGAUUUCACAGAAUGUCCCAUCAUCUAUCCAGCAAAGCUCCACAGCUGAUACCAUAAGGACUGACUCUCCGGGGCCUGUACUGGACCCUUCCAAAAUUAAUAAGAAUGGAAGCGAUGCCCCUGAGAGUGUCAAAAUUUCUUUCCGAAGAGGUGGUGAGAAGAUAUUCUAUGAACGACUCAAGGGCUCUAUGACACAACGCAAAUGGCUGCUCCGAGAUGCACCUCCUGUUCCAAAUAUCCGAGCUGCAGAUGAAGGGUCCAAAGACACACCGGCCGGCACUCCCGGGCGACAGAAGGGGGUCGGUAUUGCUGGUCUGGAGCAACUUGGCUUGAACAUGCGCAAGAACAAUGAGUUGUUAAUAGGCAGUGCUUUCGAGGAUCUGGAGGCUCUUAUGUCAUCUGCUAAGGAGGUCAUCGCACUUGCAGAGCGAUUCGCACGGCAAACAAAUAACGGGCAAGGCAACGCAUCAGCUGAAGAGAAUGCCAUUCUAGCGGAAUCGGCGAGCCAACUUGGCCUGGUCACGACAAAGGAUAUUGUUGGUGGCGGGAGUUCCGAAUCACUGUAUUUGUCAGAGCUCGCCAGGAACCUGGCUGAGUUUCUCACUGAUGACUCAAGAGGAGUCCUCAAGAAGGCAGGCGGUAUCAUAACGCUCGUCGAUCUCUGGGCCAUGUUCAACAGAGCUCGAGGCGGUGUCGAGCUCGUCAGCCCAGCAGACUUCGAGAAAGCUGCCAGGCUCUGGAGCAAGCUUAAACUGCCCGUUCGUCUGCGCACCUUCCGCAGUGGUGUCAUGGUUGUCCAGGCUCGUGAUCGUACCGACGGCACCACAGUCAGGGCCAUACUUGCGUGGCUCCGCGAUCUUCACGAGUUUCCUCCUGAGCGCGAAGUGCCUUGGGACUGGCAAGAGUUUGGCAGAGGAGUUACAGCCCAAGAAGCUGCAGAACGCUUCGGCUGGAGUCUUGGUGUUGCAGAAGAAGAGUUGUUGAUGGCGGAAGAGCGAGGAGAGCUGUGUCGCGAGGAGGGAUUGGAGGGUCUUAAGUUCUGGGUGAACUAUAUUGAUCCGGGCGAGCACAAGAAGCACAAGUCUCAAGCUCAGAAGGAUAGUGAUGAGGUUAUGAAAGCAUUGAAAGCAAGCGGACUACUAUAA